CAAUUCACAUCAUCCCUUAAAAAUGAGAUUGAAUGUUGUAAUCAAUUUGUUUAAAAGAAUGAACGCUUUAACAACAAACAAUGAUAACCACAAAACUUUAUUCACGAAAUUAUUGAAACAGAACAACUUUCCAAGAAACAUUAUCAACAGAAUUAUCAACAACAAUCAAGUUCAUCUACAAUCACAGAUAAAUACAACAAAUGCCGUCACCAACAUUCAUAUUCCACUUACAUAUGUCCAACACAUGUCAGAGAAGAUCAAAAAGACGUUAACAAGAAGAGUGCCGGAAUUCAAAAUAGCGUUUAAACCAACUAAUCGCGUGAAAAAGUUUUUCACUAAACUGAAAGACGAGAUUCCGAAAAAUGAUUUGACAAAUGUUAUUUAUAAAAUCAAAUGUGAAUGUGGACUUUGUUACAUUGGUCAGACGAUACAAUCAGUCAAAAAACGUAUUGGACAACAUAAAAAUGACGUUAAUUCAAUUAAGAAUUUAAAUAGAAACUGCAAUGACGAAUUUUUGGAAGAAUUGAAAGGAAAAACAGCUUUAACUGAACAUGUCGCUCUUACAAAUCAUAAAUUUGAUUUUGACAAUUUUGAAAUUGUUGAUCACACGAGAAAUCGAUCACAACUCAAUAUUCUGGAAAUGUUACACAUACAGAAUAAUUCAACAGUCAAUCGACGCACUGACACCAUGAAACUCAGUCAAAUUUAUAACGGAGUAUUAAAAAUGAGAAAUAAAUUACCGAGAAAGCCGCGACCUGUUCGGAGAAAUGAGAGAAUCCUGAGAUAAGAAGAUAAAAAGUAUUUUACACAACCAAACCAUUUACCAAUUAACUUCCAAAGCGAUGACAUUUUAAACUAAUUUUUUAUUGACCUUUUAAAUUAUUUAUUUAUUUUAUUUUAAUCAUUUCUGUAAGUUAACGUUGAGAUUUUAAGUCAUUUGUGCACUGA